AUGAGUGCUUUCCAGCAAAAGAUUUUAAACUCAAUCAAGUGUUUCAGAAGACAAUGGCCUUUAUUUUCAAACUCUGAAAGGACUACUGUAUGUGGAGCAGACUGCAUGCUGAUGGCAUUACAACUGUCAAUGGCUGAAGUCAAUAAAGAGCACCGUGGAGAUUUCACAGUAUCGCUUAGUGAUGUGUUGGAAACUUGGAAAUAUUUGUUACAUGACAAACUGGGAUUAUCAUACGAGAACAUGAAAGAACCUGAAAAUUAUGCUGACGUAAAAGAAGCUUAUCAUGCCUUCUUAGCAAGAACCAAUAUGUUAGAUCUCAUAGACAUAUAUCAGAAGUUUUAUGGUCUUGGACUUGUAUCUGAAGAUGAAAGCAUAGCCCCUGUUCAACUGUUGGAAUUUAUUUCUGGCAUAAUGAAUGUACAAGAAAAUAAUGGUUAUGUUCUUUCUACUCCUUCUACACCAGUCAACAGACAGAGCCAGAAGAAUGUAAAGGUGACAAUGCUGGCAAAGAAGUGUGUUUGUUCAUAUUUAAGCCUGUUGGUGAAUUCUAAAGAUGAUCUGUCAUUGGCUCAUAUUCUAAAUGUUCCUGAAAGAGGACUUGGUAGAGAAGCCUUCACUAACCUAAAACAUGCCUCACAGAAGAGAAAAAUGUCCAUUUUCCUGAUGGCAACAUCUUUUAUCCGAACCAUAGAACUUGGAGGAAGAGGCUGUGCAUCUUCAUUAUUUGAUCCUUUAAAAGCCCAUGUAAAGGGGCUUUCAAACUUUGUUAAUUUUAUUGACAAGCUGCAAGAAAUUGUUGGUGAAAUCUUAAAUCCAAGAAUCGCAGGGGGGCGAAUUCUGUCAACAGUGAAGAUGCAUUUGAUAAAAGGCCGAAGCAAUGGGGAUCCUUUCUGUCAGGCAGUAGAGGAAGUUGUACAAGAUUUGGAUUUGAAGAUUAAAAAUAUUAUCGAUUCACAACAUGAAGUCUUGACUGCCAGCACUACUGGAGUCAGUCCAGCACGGCCAAAAUUGCAUUCCAUAAAUCAUGGCACUGUGUAUUGUGGCAGAGAUACUGUAAAGGUCUUACUAGUUCUUCUGGAUGAAGAAGCUGUCAGCCCUCCUACCCAGAACAAAGCAGAACUAUUAUAUGAUGAUGAAAGCUUAAAUGUGUUUGGAGUCACCUCUGUUUUGACACUCUUCAGAUCUCCAGCACAAUCCAGUGGAUAUUCUCCAAAACCUCUUAGACAACGUGUUCAGGAAUCUAUGGAUGAAAAAAAAAUUAAGAUGAAGCAAUCUUCAAUCAAUUCUCAGUUUGCCUGUACAUAUAAAAAUGAGUUGAGUGAAAUAAAAGGUCAACACUUCCUCAGCAGUAGCCAAAUCCCAACCUGCAUACAUCCUGCACAAAAGCAACAUUUAAAAGCUGGAUAUCUCACAGAAGGUAUGGAUUCAUGUCUUGAUGUACCGGUGCUUGGAACUAUUUCUGAAAAUGUUCACCAGACUAGAAGUUUUACAGAAAUGGGAAAGCUGAGUUGUCAGCCAAGAAACAAGAACUCCAAGAAUGAACAGAUGGAUUUGAAUAAUGACAACGUAAUCUGUGAUAAGGAAAGUGAACCAUCUUUGCAAAAAAAUGCUAAAAGACCUAAGACUUCAAACAACUCUCAGAAGGAAUUGGACAGCAAAAUUGGUGGAAAAAGAAAACACAGCAAAACUACAAGCAAGAAUAAGUUGAUUGCUGGUCAGGCAAAAUUAACUAACUUUUUUCGAUUAUAAGGUUUUGUUUUGACAUACAUGGUACAUUGACUGGUUCAGAAGUUGUAAAAUUUUGUGAGAAAAGUGUGAAAUUCAUUAAUCGCUUCCUUUCAUACUCAAAUAAGUUGAAGUAGCUUGUGUGUAAUAUUAGACAAAUACAAGUCUGGAUUAUGCAGAAGUCUUUUAUUUU